GGAAAAAGUACACCGAAGGUCCCUCAACUUGUCAUCGAGUUAUAAAAUCGUCCUCGAACCACACAACCAGAUACAACGUAUCCCUCAACUUAUAAAACCAGUGCAAAGUAGGUCCUUCGGUGGUUUUGACUCCGGUUUUGUCUGACGUGGCAGCUGACUCAGCGUGCGUGAGUCCCAUGUGUCAGCCUCUUCUUCACCCCUCUCCACCUCUCUUCCUCUCUCCUCUUCUUUUCUCGCUAGCAGAAGAGCCGGCGGGUGGGGAGGUCCGGGAGGAGGCCGGUGGGGGAGGCGGGAGUCCGGCGGCGAUUCGGAGACGACCGGCGAGCGAGCGCGGCGGCGGGCCCGCGCAGAUGGAUUUGGGCGGCUGCAUCAGCUUCGCAGGGGGCAGCCUUCAUCGCCCUCUUGGCGCGGGCGGGUCGAGGGGGGAACCGCGCGCCUUCUUCGCCCACUUGGCCGACGCCGCCGCCGACGACGACGCGGGCUUCUUAGCGGCGGCGGAGGGGCGCGGGGUCCUCUUCCUCUUGGCGCCGACGACGCCCUUGGCGGCCGGGCUGCGGGCGGCGAAGCAGAGACGGGCGAGCGCUGCGGACGAGUUCGCCGUUAAGUGAGGGAAGCUGCCGAGGAGAAGAAGGCGACGGCGGCCAGGUCCAAGGCCAAGACGGCCGCCAAGGCCAAGCUGAGCAAAGCUCCGGCUGCGACCGCGAGCAAGACGAGCAUGGAGCCAAGCCGCUCGCGCCUCCCUCUCAUCCACUUCUCGCUGCUCGCGUCGCUGUGUUCCGCGCGGUGGCGAGACGACAGCCGCGGCUUCCUCUGGUGCCCCGCCUCGCGCCCCCCUCGGCGUGGCCCGCUUGCUAUCGUAGUCUACGCUCAUGACGAGACGGCCAUGUCGCCGGAGCAGGAGGAUUGGGAGAUCAAUGGCAUAGACAGAUCAGGUUUGGAUGCUCAGGUUGCUGAGGGUAAGCUCCUAGCCUGCUGUAUUUGUUGGCUUGUGCUAUGUUCAGCAUACAGUGCUAAUCUAGUGCAAAUCGCCACGCCGCGGACGCCCCGCCCCGCGCUGGUGCUCACGCCGGUCACCGCCGACGAGGUGCGCGCCUACGUCGUCUGCUGCCGCAACCACGGCCUCACUGUCCGCGCGCGCAGCGGCGGGCACAACUACGAGGGCCUCUCGUACCGCUCGCUCCGGUCGUCCGGCGACGGCGAGGAGGCAGCACGUUUCGCCGUCGUCGACGUCGCCGCGCUCUGGGUGGUGCGGCUGGACGCGGCGAGGGGAGUGGCAUGCACCAAGGCGAGGGCCACGCGCGCCGUCCGCAGCGUCGUCGCCGCCGGACUCCCGCCUCCCCCACCGAUCUCCUCCCCACCCGGUGGCUGUGCUGCAGUGAGAGAAAAGAAGAGAGAGGAAGAGAGGUGGAGAGGGGGAAGAAGAGGCUGACACGUUGGACCCAUGCUGAGUCAGCUGUCAUAUCAGACAAAACCGGAGUCAAAACCGCCGAGGGACCUACUUUGUACUGGUUUUCUAAGUUGAGGGGUGCGUUGUAUCCGGUUUUGCGGUUUGAGGACGAUUUUAUAACUCGAUGACAAGUUGAGGGACCUUCGUUGUACUUUUUCCAUAAAAUUAAAAUAGCCUUCACCCGUUACGAUGUACAGGCAUUUUUUUUUCUAGUUACUAACAUUUUUCAAGUUAUUUUAGGUAUGCCAGUGCAUAUCUAGCACCACCCCUAGGUCCACCACUGUGCAUUAUUGAAUGUGUUGUAUACAACUAAUUAAGAUUAAUUUUUAUUUGUGCAA